AAAAAAUCCAAUAAGCUUUUGGCAAAUGUAUUUGCGUUGUCACGUCGCUUGAAAGCUAACCAAUCAGGCUUGGAUAUUGUGAAGGAGCGUUUCCAAUUGUAGUAGCGUUAGUAACAGAGACAAAGCGAAAGCUGUUUAGUGGGUGGACCGAAAAGCUUAGCAGCUACUGAGCCUCAUCUGUUGCUAUGUGGUGAUCUCAGCGUCUGUUCUGACACAAGUCUAGUUAUUAAUGCCAAGUUUUUAAUGUGAGGUAUGUCUCCAGAGGGUAAUCCCCAAAGUCCCCCCCUUGGUUUCAGCACCACCAAGGAGGAUCUCCCUCUAAGUCGUGGUGACCUAGACAACAGUCAUGAACCAGGAGGAGAGAACAGGGCACAUAGUAGUCUCCAGACAAGAGCUGAGUCUGGCCAUGAGAAUUUCAACAAUGGAAGGAGCCAUUCUCUUAAAGUCCUAAUUGAUGCAGAAGUUGCUGCCAGUGCUGCAGCAAUACAGCUUGUGGCUUUCAAAGAUGCAAUGGAAGACGAAUUUGCCGGUUCUGGGAGGUCUACUAAAGACAAAAGACAAACUACACGGCAGAAAGGACUUUUGCUGGAGAAAUUGGAGGAAUUUAAGCGUCUGAAUAAAUCAGUACGACAGAAGCUGAAACAACUGCAAGAUGAAGAGAUCUAUCGAAUUGAUGCUGACAGAAAGAUGGACACUUUACUGAAAAGGAUCAGAAAGGCUGAAAGUGAAAAUGAGCACUUAAAAAGAGAUCUCAAUGAGACAGAGCUGAGGAUUGGGAAACUGAUUGAUAUGCGGAGAGAAGAGCAGGAGAACAUUAAAAGCAUGGUUCACACCAGCAAGUCUGCUGAAGCAACUCGUGCUCGUCUGCAGGGGCAGCUGCGCAACAAGGAAGCAGAGAACAAUCGUCUGACUGUGCAGUUACGGACCCUGGAGAGAACAUUAACGGAGCAGAAGUUGGAGAUCAAUCAGCUGAAGGCAUCCUUUGCCUCCCUGACCAAAAAGGCAGCGCAGGACAAAGAAUCUCUGAAGAAAGCAACUCGAGCACAAAAACUGAGAACAGAGAGAUUUGAAGCUGCUAUAGAAAAAUGCUAUGCACAGCUAAAGGAAAAGGAUGCUGAACUGGCUAAAGCCCAUUCAGAGAGAGACUCCAGGAGACGACAGAAGGAACAGAUGACGGAUGACAGAGAAAAACUUGUUGCUUAUAUAGACCUUCUGAAAAGUCAAUUUGCAGAUUUGACACUGAGGUUUCAGAAAGAGAAAGACGAGCUAAAUGCAGCUAAUGAAACAAUGACACAAAGGCUCGAAAAACUCAUUGCUGAAAAUGGAGACCUCACCAUCAGUAACGCAGCACUCAAGGCGUCUGCGGCUCGGUUGGAGGAGCAGCUCGCUGAUUGUGAGUCCGCGCUCGUGGAAGAAAAGACCGUCUCUCUAGAAAGGAAGCAUGAAACGAAACAAUACCAGUAUCAGGUUGCAGAACUUAAAGCUGAGAUUGAGAGCCUUCGAAUAAAAUAUGCAAAUCUAUUGUUGGAAACAGAAAGGACACGAGAGGGAAAGGAAAUGGAGGUUGAGAAGGUGAGGCAGGAGCUGCAGGGGAACGUAGAGGAGCUGAGGGUUUACCCCCAGUUACUGAGUGAAGCCCAGCAGAGUCUCCUCGAAUGCCAGGAGAACCUGCAAAGCUUGGAGAGGAAGUGCUCAGAAAAGUCAGAGUCUGUUAAGCAGCUGCAGUUUAAGGCGGAGAGUCAAGCUAAACAGCUGCAAUCAUCUGUGGAGACGAAAGAGUCCGUAUAUGAGGCCAAUUUGAAGGUACAAGAAAAAGUACAUUCUCUCCAAAGAAAAAUGGAACAGCUACAGCAGGAGAACUUGGAGCUCGUACAAAAGCUCACAGCUCAGGAGGAGGCUCUUAGCUACGGCAACCGGCAGCUGGAUCAGCGCUCAUCGGAGUGUCAGACUCUGAACCGGCAGCUGGAAGCAGCUUUGUCAGAUGUCAGAGAACAGGUGAACAAAGUAAAAAGCCAUGCUUCCUCCAGAGAAGAGGCUCUGCAGACAAAAAUCCUGGAACUCCAUGCUGAGAAGAGCAGAAGGGAUAAUGAACUGAGGCUUCUACGCCAAAGCAAGCAAACUGCUGAGAAACAGUUUGAGGUGCGUCUGAAGGACCUGCAGCUCAGCCUGGACCAAUCAGAGAGCCACAAACGGAGCAUUCAGAACUACGUUGAUUUCCUCAAAAAUUCUUAUAAGACAAUGUUUGAUGAAGGGCUACAAACAUCAGCUUUUGGACCAUCGUAUUUUCUAAAGUGAUGGUUUGCAUUUCUAAUGUGUGUGUGUGUGUGUGCAUGCAUGCACUGUAAUGUUCAUUUCAAAUGAGAGUGGAGAAAAAUGUUUUAUUGUUUUGCUGCAAACUAAAAGCAGUCUUCAUUUUA